AUGCGACAGUGGUGUGUCCCCGCUGCGACCCCACGCACUGAACCACUCCCGGGGCGCCUGUCUGUGUCACCACCUCCGUCAGAUGCUAGAAUGGAGUGCUGUGAGGUCGAGCCACGCUACACCAUCGAACAGAUUGACCUCCUGCAGCGCCUGCGUUUGUCCGGCAUGACCAAACCUCAGAUCAUCCACGCUCUGGAGUCCCUGGAGAGGCUGGACCCAGACCACCGCCAGUCACACUGCGAUUCGCAGCCGGUCCCGUCCAAUAACAUCGCCCCCGCCGCCGCCGCUCCAGCUCCGUCCUCGUCGUCGUCUUCGUCCUCCUCGCUGUCCCUGGCCUCUGCCACCACGCAGACCUCCGGCCUUGACGGCGCGGCGUUGUCCCCCAGCCACAGCUACGAGGCCUCACCUCCGCCCCUGUACCCUCCCAGUGUGGCAGUACAGCGGUCGUUCAGUUAUGACAUGAUGGGAGAGGAGGAGUGGGACCUGGAGGAGAAGGUGGAGGAGUACAUGAGGAGAGACAGUAACCUGGUGAAAGAAGAGAUCAAGACGUUCCUGAACAAUCGCAGGAUCUCUCAGGCGAUCGUUGGCCAAGUCACAGGGAUCAGCCAGAGCUACAUCUCCCAGUGGCUGCUGCAGCAGGGCCUGGAGAUGAGCGACUCCAAACGCAGAGCUUUCUACCGCUGGUACCUGCUGGAGAGGAAUAAUCCAGGUGAGACACAGGGGCUGAGGUGGAGUGAAAGCCAGCACAGCGUGAGUCCCACACCCAGGGCCAGGGGAGGGGACAGAGACGGGACGGUAGCAGGGGCAAGUGGCAGCCUCCCCAACCCCAACACCAACCUCAACCCCAACCCUUUGUGGAGCAGACAGAGAGAGCUGCUGAUGCACUUGCUGCCGUGGUACACUGCUGCUGCCGCAGCCGCCCAGGCCCAGCCAGGUGCCACCUUGUCAAUGCGCUCUCUGGUAAAGGAGGAGCCCGACUGGAGGACGGGGAUCAUGGCCGGCGACAGAGCGGGGAUGGUGGGCGGUCCGUUAAGGCUGCGCAGAGGAAGCAGGUUCACGUGGAGGAAGGAGUGCCAAUCCAUCAUGGAGAGUUUCUUCAUCGAGAACCAGUAUCCAGACGAAGCAAAGAGGGAGGAGAUCGCCGGCGCCUGCAACUCUGUCAUUCAAAAACCAGGCUGUAAGCUGUCUGAGUUUGAGCGCGUGACAGCGUUGAAGGUCUACAACUGGUUUGCAAACCGCCGGAAGGAGAUGAAGAGGAGAGCCAACAUCGGUGAGGACCUGAUAUCCAGAGAUAGGCUGCCAUUUUGGAAAGCCACGGAAUCGAGGUGCCAAGUCCAAGCUGCCACUCAAACGGCGAGGACGGAGAGAUGCAAGAGUUUGCUGACCAGGAAGACGCGUCCUCCCAGAGGAACCUCGAGCAACAGGAGUCGCUGGCGACGACAGAGGCGGCAGCUCUGCCGAGCCCCACCCCUCAGGCGCUGGAGCAGAAAGAGGAGGAUUCGAAAAGGGAAACGGUGGACGAGGAGUGACCCGAGUGAUUCGGCCGCCGCCGCCGUCUGGGAUUUUUGAAAUCGGAACGAGUCAAAAAAAAGGAAAACCAUAAGCGUUAUCGUCCGUCCUGCAGCCAGUGUAAGGUCCCCGAGGAGCGGUGACACCCAACAAUCAAGAGGCAGACGGGUGCUGAAGCUCACUGAGGUGCCUCUGAGCGUAAGGAGGCCACUGUAUUUAUCAACAGUAAUCCUAAAGCUUAUAUUAACGGCAAUAUACUGUAUACAUACUUAUACAUACGUAUAUAUAUACAUAUAUAUAUAUAUAUAUAAAUAUAUAGUGCAUUCCAAGAUGGUAUUAAAAAGCCUAAUAAAUUCCUUUUGAGGGAGAAUCAUAUAAAGGAUACCUCGCCCAUUUUAAGCUAAGCUUUUUUUUUGUUUAGUUUUCCGUUGCCUUUGCGACUUCUUUAAGCUUGUGUUGGAUGGAUGGUGCUGAGCCUGCAGGUCAGGUUGUGCUGGGUGGAGAUCAAGUAAAUGGCAGGAAAAGGACCGGGAUGACGUGAAUGUGUCUUUGACCCCGCCCCCGCCCUCCCCCGCCCUCACCUGGCUCAUUAAAGACUCGAACCUCAAUCAGUCGAUUUGAUGAAAUCAGUCGACCAAUCAACGUGUGCUGUUGCUAUCGAAACUGUUUAAAAAAAACAAAAAGCCCUGAGGGACAACUGGAAUCUCAGGUAAUCCCAAACAUAGUGGAUAAAGACGUGUGAAGAAUUGCACCAGGUUCCUUUGUGUGAGUGUCGUAGGCUUUUUUGUUUCACUCAUCCUCAGCAGAGAGCGUUAUUUAUACUGUUUUAUAUUAGCAGCAGAACAAGCCUGCGACAGAUCCAGUCCACCGUACGAUCGUCGCAGCACAGCUCCUGUCAUCGGUCUUCUUUGUUAUACUGAACGCUGCUCUUUUUGUAGACGUCUCAAAAUCGGUCUCAAACCUCAGCUCCGCCGGUGACGUGAAGCUACACGAGUCACGCAGGUGUUCUCCUCCUUUAUUUUUGAUUAGUAUUAUUAUUAUUGUUGUUGUUGUUGUUUUUAUUAUUUUAGUGUUUUCGAAACACUAAAACAAAUGUGAUCAAACACGUCGGCCCACGCGCUACACACACACACACACGCACCUUCUCUCCUAUUGGAAUAAGCUAAAAAACCUAAGCUGACGUUGUGUUCGUAUGUCGUAUGCAAAGCUGCACUUGAAAGUGGAUUCGACCCGGACUCUAAACAUGUACAUACAGUAGCCCAGAAACUAUAAACACGUCCACACGGGUGCGUUCCCUCCCCUCAGAUUGUAGUAGCAGCCGAUAUUUGUCAAACUUGAAAAUAUGAAUCGCUAACAUUAAUAACUCUGCAUCUCUGUGUCGUCCUCUUAUAUCCGCCGGCCCAAGGCCUCGGGAGCGACGACGCCCUGACUGUUCAUGAAAUGGACACAGACUUUUGUUUUACUUGUUGUUCUCCGUUGCCCCCUGCUGGGCACUACUAUGUUACCUCCUGUUGCCAAAGCUAUGCCAAGGUAAAGAUUGAGCUCCAGUAACAUGGACACGAUGGUCACAACACUAUAGAUAAUACAUAUAGAGUAUGUAAUAGAUGUUUUCUUUGCUCAGUACAACACUAGCCAACUCUAGUUUACCUCAGAAUAACUGUGUGUCAUGAUUGUGUUACAGGCUGACUGUCGAGAAGAAAAACAAAGCAAACGUGCAGCCGUUCUUGUGACUGUUGACGAUUAUGGACAGUGUUAUGUAGCAUUUACUGCAGUGGGGGUUUUGCCUCGUAUUGUUAACGUAUACUCACCUCAGACAGGCGACUCGUCCGGCUCUGGACAGGAACUCCAGAGCUGCGCUCGGUCCCUGAUUAAAACUGCUCCUCUCUCUAUCUGCUUUUAUCCGAGACAAACAAUAACAAUAAAAUUAAAUUGUUAACAACA